GACAUGUCCGACGGAAGUGUCAUAAUGAAGGAAAUUGAUCUGACAGAUGUGGAGAAGAAGAGGCUGCCUAGAAGGAUAAUCCAUUUUGCGAGUGGAGAGACCAUGGAGGAGUACAGCACCGAGGAAGAAGAAGCAGAAGAGGAGGAAGAUCAGAGAGUCGACUUUCGAAAUGUGGACACGACAAAGAUGAGUUGGAUCACAUACAUACAGUUCUGGAUAGUUCGGGUUGCAACCUCCGCCUUUUUCACAUGCGAUUUCCUGGGAGGAAAACUAGCAAACCUCUUUGGACUGAAUACUCCCAAAUAUCAGUACGCAAUUGACGAAUACCAAAGGGCACAGGAACAGGACAGCGAUGAAGAAGAUGCCGGUGCUUAUAUUGAAGAAACUGGAGAAGAAAAUAUCCUGACUGAGAAGGAUCACUUACAGAUGCAGAGCAUUGAAUAUGGAACCAUUCAAGGUCAGGAGACAUCACUGGACUCAGAAGACAAGUAUCAUCUAUCCUCUGAGACCACUGAAUCCAACACUAGUCCAAAUGAGAAAUAGCCGGGGGUUCUUCCUAAUGUGCACACAAACUCAAAACUAAGUUGCAGUCACAAAUGGAUUUAGG